AUCAGACUUCCGCCAUAUGAAUGUGAUACAACAGCGCCACCGUGUGGACGAGAAUGAGACGCGCAGCGGCGGACAGCAGUGAGAUCACAAACAUCACCUGAGACAACAAAAACAUCUAUUGAUUCGAACACUUGCUGAGGGCGUCGGGACACAUCGGGGCUGUAAGGUGUCACUGCUGUUCUGGAGAGUUAAUUACACCCUGCUGCCCCCGGCCGUUCCUCAUCAGACACGUCCAGGGCUUCAGGCGCAGCAUUUACGAGGCAGCACGAGUGCCGGGCGAGAAACGGAGAGAUUCCAGCUCCGCCGGCACGUGGAGGAAGACGAGAAACAGACGGCGCAACAGAGGAAGAUGCACUCCCGUGACUACAUCUGCAAAGUUGAAAGGACAACAGGACAGGACGGAGGUCUGGAUCUUUAACAGGAUCGUCCCGCAGAAGUACAGUAAGUGCGCUGUCCGAAUCCCAAAACACCUUGGAGGAAUUGCCACUUCAUUGCCAGAAGUUUAAAUCUGGGAUAAAAAGUUUACCAGGCCAAUUGGAUGCUGUUUUUAAAGAGACAAGUGUGUAAAUCACACCCUUUUAGCUUUGCAUGUCAAGCAAGACAUUUUUGCUUCAUUUUGUCUCAUGAAUAAAUCCAAGUCAUGAGUUUUAUUUCCAUGCACUUCUGGUUUGAGCGGUUCACCCGCAGGACUCUAAUCACGGAUGAUGUUGAGGAAUUGCAUGUCAUUUGAGUGUUUAAGAUGAAGGAAUGAUUUGAAAUCACUACCAAACGUCCUCCCAUGGAGCUCAGUGCCGGUCGGGACGCCCGUCUGUCCGUUCCGGGUCAGACCACAAACGUCUCCGCCUCGUCGCCUUUGCUUAAACAGACUCACGCGGGGGGGUUUAAGAAAGUGUGUCGGAUCGAAGAGGAAAGCACGUGUCCGUUCCCCGGCCUGCCGGCAGGUGUGCUUGAAAUGAGAGUGAAGGAGGGCAGCAAAAUUCGCAAUCUCAUGGGAUUCGCCAUGACACGCAUGCAGGACGAAGCCCGGGACGGCGGUCAAACCGGACUGAGACAGGUGGUGUUCAGCGGGUCCGGACGGGCCGUGACCAAAACCAUCACGUGCGCCGAGAUCAUGAAAAGAAAGAUCGGCGGCCUCCACCAGAUGACCAAACUGCAGUACAAGGGCCUGCGAGAGGUCUGGGAGAGUCAAGAAGGAGGCGAUUCGGAGGUGACCGUCCACCGGACGCUUCCGUCCAUCAGCAUCCUUCUCUCCAAAGACCCGCUGGACCCGCUGGAACCGGGGUACCAGCCUCCGGAGAACAGCUUGUGGGACGAGAGGAACAGAGGAGAAGCUUCGCAGACGGCGGAGAAGCGAUCUGUAGACUCGUCUGAGACUCUGACGGAGCCGCAGGCGAAGAGAAUCUGUCUCUGAGGAUCAUGGGUGUGUUAAAGACCAUUGUUUCCGCUGAAACUCUCUCAGAAGCAGCCUUGAAAGCUGAACGAUGACUGUGCCAGUUCAUAACAA